ACGGGCAAAAUGAGUUCAGAUUGCUAGUAUUCAGACUAUAGUCGGCCGCUAUUCAAUCUUCAACCGUUACACCACGUGUCGGCAUACGUACACUUUUCAAAGGGCGCCGAGGGGGACGACCCCUAACCACCUAUCAAAUCUAUCAAAUACGUGGAACGGGAUUCCUCAAGUGACCAAUGCCACCUUUGACGCGCAUGUGGAAAGGAACGGCUUGUACGUCUGUAACCAAGACACAUAUAAUGCAAGUACAACCCAUCAACGAUAAUGAUAAGGAAAACGAAAAGACUCCUGGCCAUUGUGUCACGUUCUUCACGUACUUCGCGGAAAGUACCUCGUUCAUGGGAAUACCCAAGAUAUAUGCGUCGCCGCGAGUUCUAUUCAAGGUGAUGUGGACGUUGCUCUUCCUGACUGCCGCGUCGGUGAUGAUCAUGCAACUGGUCCGGCUCUUCACGACGUUCUACAGUUACCCCAUCAAGACGUCGGUGAAACUUGGCUUCACUGCUCUCCCCUUCCCCACCGUCACCCUCUGCAACAUGAACCCCAUCAUGUUGUCCAAGGCUUACAUGCUCAGCUGCGAUCUUCAGAAACUCCUGAAGUUACCUUCGGAAUACCAGAGUAACGAUUGUGUAAACCUCACCGACACAGUGGACCUCACCUCCUUCACGGAGACGGAGUUGGUGUGCGACGAGUACGGCUGUUACGAGGAGGAAGUGGGUGGUCUGGACCAGGCGUAUGUCAGGAAGGAGAUGAUCGCUGACAAUCUGGGAGGAGAAUCAUCCACGCUCCGGAAGUUCGUUGGCCAUGACCUUGAAACCAUGCUGAUUGAGUGCUCUAUCAAUGGACGAAGUUGCAGUUACAGCAACUUUACGGCGUUUCUAUCUAAAGAGCAUGGCAACUGCUACACAUUGAAAAACAAUGGGAUCCAGGCCACGAAGAGUGGACCAGAAUCAGGUUUAUCGAUGGUUAUCAAUCUGGAGUCGGAGGAUUUCAUCGAUACUUUCAAGACGGGGUACGGCCUGCGGGUGGUGAUACACGACAACGGGACACGCCCCUUUCCCGGGACAGAGGGCUUCACGGUCUCAGCAGGUUCUGAGUCUAGUAUUGCAAUGAAACUGGUAAAGAUCGAGCGGCUUGGAGGCCUAUACGGCGCCUGCAAUGACAGCGCAGGUUUCCAAAGGAAGUUCGGUGUGUCGUACUCAGAGCGGGCGUGUCGGGAGUUUUGUCUACGAAACAUCGUGAUAGAAACAUGCAAGUGUCAACCGGCGAGUGAGGCUACAGACUCCACUAUCAAGAUCUGCACCACCGACACAGAGUUUGCCUGUGAGGACAGAGCAUAUGGCAAGUAUAUGGUGGACACCAGUAAAGGCGCGGAUAUCUGCAAGUGCGGUAGCCCAUGUUCCGAGAAGGUUUUCGAAACAAGUGUCUCAUCUCGCCUGUGGCCAGUACUUGCACAUGUGCGGACGUUAGAACAACAAGCAUGUUUGAUUGACAGUUACAGCCCUAAGUGCACCUACUCCGCCUACGACUUUGACAACGUCGACCUCAGAACAUCAUCUUUCUUAAAGCUAAAAGUUUAUUUCAACAGCUUGAAUUUUGAAAGUAUAAAAGAAGAACCUUUUUAUGAUACUGAGCGCUUCCUGUCGGAUGUGGGUGGUACCAUGGGCCUGUGGACUGGAGCAUCUAUUCUCAGUCUGGCCGAGUUCCUGGAAAUCCUGCUCGCCAUGUUUUUCUGGUGCUUCACUCCGAAGUCACCAGGAACCAAUUCUGUUAAAUGAAUUGAUGUUGGCAAUAGCUGUUGUUGUCAAUGUGAUUUAUUCAGCACAAGAUGAUUUGGAAAACGUGGUCGUAUGAAUGGAAUUACGCUUUGUGGAACGGUUCGUGCAGCUCCAUGACCCUUUUGUCAUGACCAGGCGUUUAUUUCCGAAUCGUACAAGAUCCAGACUAAAGGUUUACAUUUUUGAUCCGGGAAAUUUGUCACUGACACUAUAACACAUCAAACCUCUUCAUAAUGCACCUCUUGGCCCACUUAAUCUGCUUUUAUGGCCAAAAAUAUCCGUAUUGCGUUUCUUUUUUUUACGAGUAUAUAUAUAAUCAUGUCUUGAUGUUUGUUAUUUAGGAACAUUUGCCUAAGGAUUUAAUAGCACUAGCGCACUUUUGAAGAAGGAUCGGUCAUAAUCAAUCCUUUUAUGACACACAUUUAUUUAUUCAUGUGAUUUAUCGUUGCCCUUCACGUGAAGUUUGCACAUGAUUUAUUUGCAGGAUUUUUCAUCCUGGUUUUCAAGUUAUUAUGUUUAUUAAAAUUUAUGUAUAAUCGUU